AAAAGCUUCAUAAAAUUUCAUCAGAGCCAACUGUAAGCUUCUCACCUCAUUAUGACAACUACACUACUUCAGUCCCUCCCCCUUCUGUUUCUGAGCCAAUUCCAACUCUUUAUUCUACUCCCCGAAGACACAGAUUCAUGGUAGGAGCAAUAAACAAAAUUUCUUUUGUAAUUUUAACUUAAGCCGAGUUUUUUUAGCAUUUUUGUUUAGAUUUGAGGUUCUCAUCUUGUAGUCUUCUUUCUACUUGCUCAAUUGUGUUUGUAAAUUUCGUUCUGAUUUUAAAUGCUUUCCUGUUGGAUUUAUAAAAACUAACCUUUAUUUUUACAUUUCCUCAAGUGGGCCUUAAAACUUCAAUUUAUUUUUUCGAUUCCUUACCUGGGUCUUCUUAACUUUAGGUAGAUAUAUAAACAAAAUUGUCACUUGGAUCUUUAUGAUUUGUAUGCGUGAAUUGAUUACUGAUCAAGUUCUCUUUUGGUUUUCUAUGAACUUUUGUGUUAUGGGCUUAUGAAAUUUAAGUUUGUAUUAAACUUUUCAACUGGGCAUUGGAUAUUAAUGAAUUUCUUUUAUGUUACAUUGGUUGGUGGGCUUAGAACUAAAAGGCAACAGUAGAGUGGUUGCAGAGCACCGCGCUGGCUUCUAGUCUCCCAGACGCUUUCAAUCUCACUCCAAAACCCAGAUCUCGAGGUCCUUUAUAAGGCCUCUAAUUGACACUUGUCACAGACUUUGUUUUAAUCUUUUGCACUUCCUUCUCUGUCCACACCUUUCCUUCCUCCGCCAAUCUCUCGUAAUACCUCUAUGCCGACCUCCCAAUACAGAGCACUUGAAGAGUAUUGGGUUUGUUUUGUAUAGCUCAAAGUUGUGGAAUUGACCUUGAGGUGUUGCAUUGGCCACAAUUUUAGGGAGUGUCGGUCGUAGAGUUGAAUUUCACUGUUGCUUUGCAUUGAAGCCGAGUGGAAUUAGCGAGAAAGACUCGGUCCGUGAAUUGGGGCUUCGGUGGAUAUUUAAGUACUCCAACUAUUGCUUAAUUGCCAGUAGGGAGUGUGAGCAAGGUGAUUUUGGAUGUGGAAUAUUGGCCUCAAGUACAAGACAUGCUGAGCUCUGAUGAGGGAGAAAUUGACGUGUUCUUUGACUCGACAGAUUGCUGUUCGUCUGUAGAUUCAGUUGCAGAUGAAGCUUUGGGUUCUGUACAUUUAGAAUAUGGUGUCUGGAUGAAUGCACCAGUAAGCGUUAAGGAAAGGCGGGAGAUAUUUUUACGUGGAAUGGGUUUAUCUGAGCUUGCUUCUCCUAAGAUUUGUGCUGAGGAGAAUGGAAUGGACGUUGCUGCCUUCCAAGAGCUGAUGGGGUUGGAGAGGCUUAAGCAAUGUAGUGGAGCAGUCUCAAGCUCUUUCAUUUCAUCUACUGAUCUAGCAGAGGAAAUUUUGGUUUGUUGUAGAGGAGAGAGGGGAUCAGUUCUCGAUGGGGAAGAUGCUGGGCUUUCCAGUCCUGCUCAGGAAUCUGUAGAGAGUGAUGUGCGUGCGUGUUCAGAAGAAUAUAGCCGCUUAGAUGUGGGUAAAAGGAGAUUGAAGAAUUGGUUAAAACACUUUGUCGGCAAGAGGAAGGGUGGAGGAGAUACAUUUGUAACAAAAGUAUCAAAACCAAAUUCUGAAACACCUAAGAUAAACAGAAUGAAGGUGUGGCAGAAUAAGAAGAGGUACAUGGAGUUUACUGCUCUUUACAAUGGGCAAGAGAUUCCUGCACACAAUGGCUUAAUUUGGACAAUGAAGUUUAGUCCAGAUGGCCGAUACCUAGCAAGUGGUGGCGAAGAUGGGGUUGUACGUAUUUGGUGCAUUACAUCAGAAGAUGCCUCUGAUAAUUAUAUGACGGCUAAAGAUAGUUAUGGUAUAAAAGUGAAAGGUUGCAAGUCCACUUUUGGAGGAAAAAGCACGAGCCAUGCCUCCAUUGACAUUCCUGAUAAGGUUUUUCACAUUGAAGAGUCACCACUACAAGAGUUUCAUGGCCAUUCUAGUGAUGUGUUAGACCUGUCUUGGUCCCAUUCGAAUUGUCUUCUUUCAUCAUCCACGGAUAAAACUGUCCGUCUGUGGCGAUUGGGUUGCGAACAAUGUUUAGAUGUUUUCCAUCACAAUGAUUAUGUGACGUGCAUUCAGUUCAAUCCUGUUGAUGAAAAUUACUUCAUCAGUGGCUCCAUAGAUGGAAAAAUUAGACUUUGGCAGGUAUCUGAAAAGCGUGUCGUUGACUGGGCUGAUGUGCGAGAUGUAAUAACUGCUAUAUGUUACAAGCCAGAUGGGAAAGGUUUCAUAGUUGGUUCUAUUAGAGGCACUUGCCGAUUCUACGAUGCAUCAGGCGACCAUUUAAAACUUGAUGCACAGAUACGUAUUCAAGGUAGAAAGAAGACCUCAGCUAAAAAGAUCACUGGCAUUCAGUUUUGCCAAGAAAGAUCUCAAAGAGUUAUGAUAACAUCAGAAGACUCCAAGCUCCGAGUAUAUGAUGGCAUUAAUCUUGUCCAGAAAUACAGAGGCCUUCCAAAGUCAGGAAGUCAGAUGUCAGCUUCCUUCACUUCAAGUGGGACACAUAUAGUCUCAAAUGGAGAGGACUCUCGUGUUUAUCUCUGGAACUAUGAUGGGAUGUGCAUCCCAACAUCGAAACGAACAAAAUCCGUGCGUUCUUGUGAGCAUUUCUUCUCCGAAGGUGUGACGAUUGCAAUACCUUGGUCGGGCAGUGGAGCAGGACAGAGGAGUUCACAGACACUGGACCACUUAGAGGCCACUUCUAGGUUCACGGAUUCAGAGAGGUUUUCCAGCCGGGGUAAUUGGUUCUCAAUGGAUGGCUCAUGCAGGGGUUCUGCAACUUGGCCGGAAGAGAAACUUCCUCUGUGGGAUGUACCAGUUUCAGAAGAAGAAUCUCAGGAUCAGCACCACGGUAAUGCCCACAAACACAGGGCCAUAUCAAACAUGUGGGGGUUGGUGAUUGUGACUGCUGGAUGCGAUGGAACAAUCCGGACAUUCCAUAACUAUGGGCUUCCCGUCAGGCUGUAAGAGUUUUCUGGUGAUCUCUCCUGGCCGUCUGGAAGCAUGCAGCUAUAUCUCUAAGGAUGGUGAAUGAAUACCUUCCUUUAUUUCCUUAGAAAAUUCUAGUUAUACCUUUGCUGUAACACCCAGUAUAACAGUGUCGAUAGCAAACUUGGUUUUGUUCCGCCAAGGCAGGCCAUGCAAGAUUUUUGUUUUUAUCGGACAUAUUACACUGUAUAGAAAAAAGCAAUUAAAUUUUUAGA